AUGAAGAACCAUUCGUUUGAAUCGACAACAACAACAACAACAACGGAUGAUGAUGAUGAUAGUCUAUGGUCAUUAUCAAGUACAGAAAUUGCAUUACGUUUAAUUGGUGCAAUAAUAUGUAUUGCAUUGAUAAUUGUGACCAUUGUUGGCAAUGUAUUGGUUAUUAUUGUUGUUGCACGUUUUCAUCGUAUGCGUACAGUAACGAAUAUUCUGCUUGCAAGUUUAGCCAUUGCUGAUAUAACCGUUGCCAGUUUGGUAAUGCCAUUCACUGUUGUAUAUGAUCUAUAUCGUUAUUGGCCUUGGGGACCGGUAUUAUGUCAUUUUUGGAUAUCAUGCGAUGUAAUGUGCUGUACGGCUAGUAUAUUACAUUUAUGUUGUGUUGCCAUCGAUAGAUUCUGGGCCAUUACACGUCCAUUACGUUAUCGUUCAUUGAUUUCAAAACGUCGCCUUUUCUGUUGUAUACUAAUCAUAUGGCUUUGUUCGGCUGCCAUUUCAUUUAUACCGAUAUUCUCUGGCUGGUAUCAUUCACAAGGGCCAAUCAAUAUUUUUACACUUGAAUAUGUCAAUGAAUGUGGACUGGAUGUAAAUCGUAUUUAUGCCACAAUAUCAUCAUUAACGUCAUUCUAUCUUCCAUUGCCAAUUAUGUUUUAUGUUUAUCUACGCAUAUUAUUGGUCGCUGAAAGGCAAUCACGUGAAAUAAAACAAUUGGAACAAUCUUUAAGACAGAAUGCUAAUGUAUCGGCAACAAAUACAAAAUGUAACAAUUUAAUGGAUCAAUCAUCAUCAUCAUCAUCAUCAGCAGCAGCAGCAGCAGCAGCAAUGGAAACAUCAAAACGUCAUGCUGAACGUAGUUUACGUAGACGUGCUAGACAAUUAAUCACCGAUACAAAAGCAAUUCGUACAUUAGGAAUUGUUAUGGGUGUUUUCUGUCUUUGUUGGCUACCAUUUUUCAUCAUGUACGUUAUAUCGGCAUAUUGUGAUCAAUGUAAUAUAAGCUAUGAACUUAGAUCCAGUAUUACAUGGCUUGGCUAUGUGAAUAGUGCACUAAAUCCAGCCAUCUAUGCUUAUCUAAAUAAAGAAUUCAAAAUGGCAUUUAAACGUGUCAUAUUCUGUAUGCCACAUUGUAGUAAUGAUAAUUUUGAUCGAGAUGCAAUGCUAGAUGAAUAUUCUGGUACAUCACAUCGUCAUGGUGCUGGUAGUAGCGUUGUUGGUGGUGGCUUAUCAUCAUAUCAAUCACAACAACAUCAACAACAACAAAAUCGAAAAAUAUCAAAAAAUCAUCAUUUUGAUUUUAUGAUUGACGAUGAAGAACAAGGUGGUCAUCGUGGUGGUGGUAGUGGUGGUCAACAUAGAUUAGAUAUAUUACCAUUACCACCAUCAACACCUGGUUAUAUUACACGUACACCAAGUAAUGCUACGGAAACACCGGAUUGGAUUAUAUUACAUGCACAUCAUCAUCAUCAGCAACAAAAACAACAACAACAACUACAUGGUAGUAGUUGAUAUUUAUCAUCAAAUCAUCCGGAUAAAAAUAGCCAUCCACCCAAAAUCAAAUCAACCCACCUAAAAAACACACCCACGACGUU